AUGGUACGCCAGGCAAACCGUGAUCCAAGCAUGGGUCCCAAGAAGUGCACCAUUUGCAACGCGAGAUUAAUCUCUCCGCGUGUUGUCGCAACGCACGUCAAAGGCCAGCGACAUCAGGCGUUGCUCGCCGAGUUGCAGGCCCAAGGCAGACCCCCAAAGCCAGAAGACAUCAUAAUCGAAGACGCCGACCGAAACUAUGAAUGUCUUAUUUGCGAGAUGACCGUCUGGCAAACAAAAGAGAAGCACGAACUCACUCCAACUCAUAAACGAAAGGAGCGUUUUUUAUCGAUUCGAUCCGCACUCGAAGAGGCUGAAAAGGACAAGAAUGGCAUUUCUGUGUAUCCCGACGGCAAAGACGCUUUCAACUUUGGUCUCAAACCAGCCGGACAUGCACGACUCGAGUUCCAUGUCACGUACGAAGUCGCGCCUCAUCGAGUCUACUUGGACUCUGCUAGAAUGGCUAGUGACUCUCAUAGAAACAAUAAUUCGGGCUUCUCGGUCUCGAUGGCCCGACAGUAUAUAAUGCCCAAAAUCAAGGCAAAAGGGGUCAUCACAUUUGAAUCUCAAGGAAGUCUCGGUCGUUUCCAGGAUCGACUGGAGCUGGUCUUCCUUGAUGUCGUGGAUCGCAAAAAGUUUGCCAUCGUCAAACCUCUGCUGGUGAUCGUUGGCAGCCAAGAAGACUAUGAUCUCCUCAAACCAAUCGCACCAUACGUUCCAGCGGCUCGAAGGAAGCGGGAGACGGUACAAGAGCUCGUUGAAAGCACACCUCCCCCGGCUAUCUCGCGCAUUCAAUGGACCGUGCGUCUACUCGAAUACGAGCUCCAGAAGGGCUUAAAAACAAUCCUGGAUACUCCCUCGAAAGAAGAAAAGAUGCGCCUCUUGAAGUCCGGGUUCAUUCCUCGCACAUUUAGUCCCCAGACACACGCGCGCUUAUUCCAUAUUUUACUUUAUAUCGAAGAACACCAAUCGGCUAUUGACCUCGAGCGUUAUGACCAAGAAGAUGUUUCGCUCGACCCAGCUCCGCGCGAAGACCUUUACUAUCUCGAGGUUCCUGGUCUCGCCGAAAAGCGCCCAUCCGUGAUCAUUGGCGAUCGGAUCCUCGUCAAACAUCAUGGUUCACCCAAACCUCAUUGGUGGGAAGGGUUUGUAUAUAAAAUCCGUCUCAACGAUGUGGGACUGCGCUUCAACAACAAGUUUAAUGCGUUCAAGGGCCAACGAUUCGACGUUCGUUUCUGUCUGAAUCGUUUGACGCUUCGGAGGAUGCACCAAGCCCUUGACUCUGGCGGUCUCUGCGAACGACUCUUGUUCCCUUCUGAAGAACAUAUCCAGAACCGCAAACCCUCGCCAGGUACUAUUCAAACUUUGAACAUGGUUAACAGAAACAUCUCUACAAACCCUGCCCAAUCGCUGGCUGUCACCGCCAUCCGAAACCUGUCUCCAGGGAGCCCUCCAUUCGUCGUAUUUGGGCCACCUGGAACCGGCAAGACGGUCACGAUCGUGGAGGCUAUUCGUCAAAUUUUGCUCGAAUAUCCAACUGCUCGUGUUCUUGCCUGCGCACCAAGCAACUCGGCGAGUGAUAUCAUUGCAGAGCGGCUGAUCGCACUCGGAUCUGAUCUGUUCCGCCUAAAUGCACCCUCUCGUCCUGUUGAUCAUUUACCUAAAUCCUUGCUACCGUUUUCAUUGGUGGAGAGGGAUGUAUUUGCCGUUCCCGAGCUUGCAAGGCUUAAGAGGUACCGCGUUAUCGUGUCCACAUGCUUGUCCGCGUCUGUUCCAUUCGGAAUUGGUGUCCAGGCAGGCCACUUCUCUCAUGUCUUUGUCGACGAAGCAGGCCAGGCUUGCGAGCCUGAGGCUUUGAUCCCGUUCAAGACGAUGGCAGAUGCCAAGACGAAUCUCAUCCUCAGCGGUGAUCCUAAACAACUCGGACCUAUCGUCAGAGCCAACGCAGCGAUCGCUUUAAAGCUUGGAGUCAGCUUACUCGAUCGGCUGACGGAAAUGCCUAUUUAUGAUGAAAGGGCAAAGAACGGUAUCACUAUUGUCAAGCUGGUCAAUAAUUUCCGUUCUCACCCCGAUAUUCUUCGAUUUCCCAACCAGCGCUUCUAUAGAGGAGAACUUGAAAGCAAAGGCGACCCAAUAGUCAUCGAAUCGAUGCUUCGAUGGCCGCAUCUCCCCCAAAGUGGAUUUCCGAUCAUAUUCCAUGCGAUGGCGGGCAAAGAUUUACGAGAGGCGCGGUCACCUUCAUUUUUCAAUGUGGAGGAAGUGAUGCAGGUAAAGAAAUAUGUUCAAAUGUUAUUUGAGGACAAGAAAUACCGUCUGACUGAAGAGCAUAUCGGCAUCAUUUCUCCGUAUCAUGCGCAGUGCGGCAAAAUCAGAUUGGCGCUGCUCAAGGAAGGGUACACUCGUAUCAAGAUUGGAAGCGUCGAAGAGUUCCAGGGACAGGAACGGCGUGUCAUGAUCAUCUCAACCGUGAGGAGCAAUCUUGAGUUUGUCCAGUCGGACAUUACUCACACACUCGGUUUUGUGGCCAAUCCUCGUCGUUUCAAUGUUGCGAUGACACGAGCGGAAGCUCUCCUCAUUGUCGUGGGUGAUCCGAACAUUCUGUCUUUGGAUCCUCUGUGGCGCUCGUUUCUCAACUUUAUCUACAAUAACGGAGGCUGGGCGGGGCGCCCACGUCCGGAUUGGGAUACGCACGCAGAACUGGACUCAAAAGAGUUCCUUGAGGCAAGACGAGCAAAGGCGAAUGCCGAAGAACAAGAGAUGCUCACGAGAAUUACGGAGACUGUCGUCGAUCACAUCAAUGCGGACGAUUUGGACGACAUUGGCGAUGGGUAUGAGGCAGUCGAACGUCCGUGGCGCGAGACGGAGUGA